GCCGCGGCGUUGCUAUGGAAACGGGCGGCGACGGUGGCCGCCGAGGGACAGAAAGGUUGCCGAGCGGCGCCUGAGGCGCGGCGAGCGCGAGCGGCUCCCGCCGCCGCCGCCGCCGUUUCUGAGGGGCGCCAUGGAAGGCCGCUCGGUCGGUCUUCCUAGCCGGGCCUCACCGUCGUCGGUCAAAGCCGCCUUGGCUUCCCCUCCGCGCUACCGCCUGGUGUCUGAAAUCGGGCGCGGGGCCUACGGCGUGGUGUACGAGGCGGUGUCGGGCCGCAGCGGGGCCCGCCUGGCCGUCAAGAGGCUGAGGUGCGACGCUCCGGAGAACGUGGAGCUGGCCCUGGCCGAGUUCUGGGCCUUGACCAGCCUCCGACGGCACCACCCCAACGUGGUGCGCUUCGAGGAGUGCGUCCUGCAACGCGACGGGCUCGGGCAGCGCAUGAGCCACGGGAACAAGCAGAGCGCGCUCUACCUCCGCCUGGUCGAGACCUCCCUCAAGGGCGAGAGGAUUCUGGGUUACGCCGAAGAGCCUUGUUACCUGUGGUUCGUCAUGGAGUACUGCGAAGGGGGAGACUUGAACCAGUAUAUUCUUUCCCGCAGGCCCGACCCGGCCACCAACAAGAGUUUCAUGCUCCAGCUGACCAGCGCCAUUGCGUUCCUGCACAAAAACCACAUCGUGCACAGAGACCUGAAGCCGGACAAUAUCCUGAUCACCGAGCAGUCGGGAGCUCCGGUUCUCAAAGUCGCAGACUUUGGGCUGAGCAAAGUGUGCGCGGGAUUGACCGCCCGAGGCAAGGACGGCGGCGACGACGACGACAAAAAUGUGAAUGUGAACAAGUACUGGUUGUCCUCGGCUUGCGGUUCGGAUUUCUACAUGGCUCCCGAAGUGUGGGAGGGGCACUACACGGCCAAAGCGGACAUCUUUGCGCUGGGCAUCAUUAUCUGGGCCAUGAUCGAGCGGAUAACCUUCAUCGAUGCCGAGACCAAGAAGGAACUCUUGGGGACUUACGUCAAGCAGGGGACCGAGAUCGUACCUGUCGGGGAAGCUCUACUAGAAAACCCAAAGAUGGAGUUGCACAUUCCUCAGAAACGCAGGACUUCCAUGUCUGAAGGAAUCAAACAGCUCCUGAAAGACAUGUUGGCUGCUAACCCGCAAGAUCGACCCGAUGCCUUUGAGCUUGAAUCCAGAAUGGACCAGGUUACUUGUGCUGCUUAAACUCAGGUCAAAGUGUUGGUGGGCUCUGAAAACAGGGAUUUUUUACUGGGACCUGGAGAGUCUCCCCGACGUACAUGCAAACUUUACGAAGCAACUAAUAUAGACACCAAGUUCUCUGGUAUAUCGUGAAACUUUUGAGACUCGUCUGGAGGCCCCGGGAGAUUCAAGGAGGGCAGGAGCUGCUGCAACCGACUUCAUUAUAAGACUAUUAAAUCCUCUUUUAUUUUUUUUUACAUUUCCCCCUUCCUUUUUUCCCCCCCUCCCUCCCGGCUCAUCUUUUGCUUAUUCCCUUCAUCUGCGCAGUUCAUUUGGAAUUCCUCUUUCACUUAAACAAAAUACUAAAGAAAAAAAAACCCCAGCAAAUAAUUUUCUGUUGCUGCUACUGUUUAAGUACCAGAAUUCUGGGACAAAAUGUACAUAAGGUUUUGUUUUGUUUUGUUUUUUUCCCCCCCUCUCCUAAUGUCGUUGAGCAGGGUGAUAUUUAGUUGAGAGUAUGAAGAUCUGUGACAAAAUUUUAUUUUUAUUUUUUUGGUUUCUGGUUGCUGCUGCCUGGCCCCUAAAGCUAGAAACACAGCGGAACACACAUUUCUCCUGCUCCCCUUUUUUUCAAAAUGACCUACAUCGGGGGACCUAAAGACAUGAGAUUUCGGAUAGGGAUAUUUAAGGUAGACACACAAACCUUUCAAGGUGGCUGCUGGGUUAGAAAUCCAGAUCCAAGCAUCCCAGGAGCCUGUGUUUCUCUAUGCCAAACUUUACAGAAAGGUGUGUGGGGUUUAGAAGUGAUAGAAAACAUCCGUAGAAACGGUCUUUAUGUAGAAAAAGUUAUCCUAAGUCUGUAUCUAGGGGUUUGUAGCUUACUUAGCUAGUCCUUGGCUGGCUAAAUUCAGCCAGCCUGAAAUCAAGUGGCUAUCUUAACAUCGCCUUUUACCUAUUUUAGCCGUCAGUCUUCUUGAAAUUUCUUCCCUUCCACAGAAGUACAGGCCCUUUCUUACUUCUUGAAGGCUUCUUCAAAGUUAAGGGUAUCUUUUCAAAGUUAAGGGUAUCCACUUGCAGCCGUCGCGUGUCUACGUUUACGCACCCACAAAAGAAUUAUUCCCAAUUUUAAACGCUGCCCUAAGUAGCGCUCUCCUAAGACGAUCAUUCCAUGGUUCUCGAAAGUCUGAAAGCCAGUUGCUUCUCUUCGGUGACGGGGACGCUAAGCCGACCGCCUGCUUUGAACUGACUAUCCUGCUCCUUUCAAUCAGCCGUAGGUUGGUCUUGGGGGUUACCGCUCUUUGUUCAGCGGCAGGGAAGGCACGAUUGGAUCGGCGUCAUAAAACCGAAUCGGUGCUUUGCCUUUCUCCCCCUCCCCCGGUCUAAGACGAACCGGGUCAUUUGAAAUGGUUCCUGAGGUCGUCCGUCAGUUUCUCGAGGAUUGAGUGCUGCAGAAUAUUUACUCUCCAAAAUAUCGGCGUUCCUUAGUUAUGUGCAGCCAGUUUUAGACCAUGAAUAUCAGUCUUAUUUGUGGAUGUAACGUGGCUUGCAAGGUUUUUCAUUCUACACAGCCCUGAUUGACAAGACAGAGCUCAAAAGAGAUCCUUUUGAGAUCCAAGGUGAACUAAUCUAAACUAAAACAAUUUCCCAAGAGACGUUUCACACUACCGAAUGUUUCUCUUUUAUCAUUUGAAAUUAGCCUGUUUUUUGGGGGGGUAGAGUUGGAUCAAAAAUUUAGGGUGUUGACAAGCCCUGUUUUGAACCCGUGGCCCCGAAUUAAGAUUUUGAGAACUCCCCCUUUUCCUACUGAGGUCCAUUCAGCCACGCAUCCUACCUAUCCCAGGGCACAAGCCACGUCGCAUUGCGUGUCAAAUGUCCCGCGAGCUUCCGUGCUGCCAAGGGGUCCUCGCGUUUUACUUCUGCACUUUUGAGGGAUGUUUGGGUGGGUGCGAGCGUGUGUGUGUGCGGAGGAAGCCUCGUGGGCAAGAUGCCAUCGUGCGAUUUCCUUUCCCGUUGGUGAGGUUAACGCUUUUGUGGUGAUAGCUUAGAUCUUUGGCGGACUUCAACUCCCAGAAUUCCCCAGCCAGCCAUGCUGGCUGGGGAAUUCUGGGAAUUGAAGUCCGCAGGUCUUAAAAGCUGCGGACACUCCUGGCUUAGACCUUAUUCAAGUGCCUUAUUCAAGGAUUUUGAAAGCCUCUUGCAAGAAAUGCGUUAAAGCUAAGGAAAGAGCUCUUUGGGUUGUUGAGUUGUGCUUCAGCCCCGGUUCUCCACUUUACAAUCUCUUUGUCCGUGUCGGUCUUCUUCUCGGUUGCCCACAAAAGCUCUUUAGAAAUCGAUCAACGUUUCUUGGUUUGGCUGCAUCAGGUGCCAACAAGACAUUUCUGGAGGCCAGCAGCAGCAUCUCAGGAGGGUCUCCUCCUAAGGUCUUUUGCCCUCGUUCCUAAGGACGGGAGCCUCUCCCUGCUCCCAGGUGUGAUCUUCCUUUGACUUAAUGGAUGUGACUGUGUUGUGUUACAAGCAAUAGACCUUUGGCCCCAGGAUCCUGGUGUCUCCCGGGUUUCAGACACGACGACUGGGGUUCCUGCAGAAGUAUCUCUCCCACCUUCACUCAGAAGUCGUCAUCCCCGUCCCCACCUCAGUCGCUGGUUAUAUGAAUGUUGAAUGGAGAUUGCUAAUUUAUUAUUGAGAGCGAUCAGAUCUCACCGGUGUAAAAAAAAAAAAAAAAAGUUAUUUGGGGAUCGAUUGGCGGGUUUUUUUUUUCCCCGAGUUUAUUUUAAACUGUUUACAUCUCUGUUUGCUGUUUACAGUGUGGGCUUUGUGCUUUGACCCUGGCCCAUUCACAGAACCUUCCUUUUCCUCCCCCCCCCCCCAUCACCUUUUCCCAACGACUCGAUUUCUACUUUUCAUUGGAAGGAUGGCACCGAAGCUGGCAUCAUCUCGACAGCUUUUCUAAAGGUGCCAAUGUGCCAUCCACACCUGUCUUCUCUUUUGUACAUCUGGCCAUAUCUUCCUGUUUCCCUUUUUUAACCACAUUGCAUUCUCACAUUUGACUCUUAAACUUGGCAGAAGAAUUUUUUAAAAAGUCCGUCAUGGGUAAGUUCUGUACCAUCGAGAAACUAAGUUUGAACUUUCCUUUGGCUUUGAUCAGAUUUUAGGCCAGUCACAGGAAACGAUGAUCGCUUUAUGACCUAUGGACUUCAACUCCCAGAAUUCCUGAGCCAGCCAUGACUGGCUCAAGAAUUCUAGGAGCUGAAGUCCGCAGGUCAUAAAAGGAACCUAGUUCCCCACUCAUUCUAGGCCAAAAAAAGCUCUUUUGCCAAGGUUGUGUAUCAGUAUCUCUUCUUCCCACCGUAAGGUUGGAAAACGAGAGGUCAAAGGUAGCCAUUACAAAGACGACAGCUGCUGUCAUCUCAGUCUGGAUUGUAAUGAGCGUUGGGGUAAGAACCCAACACAUCAUUCUUGAUCAACCCAACACAUGGCAUUCUUGGUUAUAAGUCUUCCUUCCCACCAGCUUUGGGGGCAGCUGGUUACCUAAGUAGCAAUAGAUGUCACUAGCCUAAGGCCUGGGAGGCUUUGGCCUAUUGAGGGAAGACUGGCCAUCAACCACAGUUGACGUUGGCCAAGAUCAACUCAUCUGGGGGGGGGGGUGGAAUAUAAUUGUUGAGUUGGCAUUAGGAACUAGAAGCAUAGAGUCUGGAGAUCAACGGCGUGAGAGCAGAAGACACUGCCCAGGGCACUCGGGCACCCCACUCCCCAUCAUGAGGACUACUCUCUUUGCAAGUUGGUCACCUUCUAGGGCUGUGCCUUGACCUUCCCAGCUGACCCAUGGGGAAGAGGGAGGGCAGGAUUUCCACUUCUCCAGAUGUUGUACUGAAGAGUUGAGGUGCUGCUCAUUGGUUUUGCCGUCUCCCUAAUACCUUCGCUCCCUCAGCUUCCCACACUGCCGGUCCUUUUAUAGAGCAAUAAUCUUUUUUUUUUUUUAAUCUGUGUGUGUGCGCGCACGCGAGAUAGAUUCCAGUUUGAAUCUCUUUUGUCUUUAUGCUUCUCAACGUAUUGUAUCUAGUUAUCAUCUGGAUUUAAGUCCUCGGUUGCCUGAUGGGGCUUUUACUAACCCAUAGAAAUGGCUGACCCAAACAGGCUGUCAGGAACGGGGUAGAUCUGCUUUUCCAGUGACCAAAUGGUUAAAAUCGAAGAGGGCAGCGUUGUGUUGCGGGCUGGGAAGGUUCCUUCAAAACUAGCCAGCCCAGGGUUUUGUUGUGGCUGAUGGGUGGACAACUGCUAGAUCUUCUCGUUUUUGGCCUCUGACACGAUAUAUAUCAGCGGUGUCCCACCUUGCAACUUUUAAGACUUGUGGACUUCAACUCCCAGAAUCCCCCAGCCAGCAUGGCUGGCUGGGGAAUUCUGGGAGUUGAAGUCCACAAGCCUUAAAGUUGCCAAGGUGGGACACCGCUGAUAUAUUCCAUGAGCCUAAAUGAGAGAAGAUGACUUGGACAGAACAUCUGAGAACUUGCCUUUUAAGCAUCUGGCGCCAUUUCUCUCUGGGGCUUUGCUCGGUUCCUCAGAGAGGAGAACUCUUUUGGGGCACCCCGAGGCAAGCAGCAGCUCUCGACCUGCACGGAAUUAAAACGAUUGUUGCAAAAAGCUGUCGGAAGUUUGAAAAAGAAAAAAAUAAUUCAGUGUCACUUCCUGGAAUACCUGACUUGGAUUGACAUGAUGGAAAAGCUACCUCACUCCUGGCGGUUGAGCGGAUGCUGGGUGCCCCCCUCUCUCUCUCUUUCUCUCUUUCUCUCUCUCUCUCUCUCUCCCUCUCUCUCUCUCUCUCCCUCCCCCCCCCUCUCUCUGUGUACUGGGUUCAAAAAUUGUACACCCCUUCGUGUUGCGCUGGGCACAAUUGGCCCCCAAGGAUCUUUUUUGCCAUGUUGAGUUGAAGAACACGAGUCUUCCUCUUACAGAAUUUCUUCCGCCUGGCAAAACUCGGAUCGCUGCCCAGGUCAUCCGUUCUGUCAUUCCUUCUGCUACUUUCCCAAGAGUCAGUGUUUUCCUGACUUUAAAGACCUCCAGAAACUAUUGGGCUACCAUUUCCAGGUUUCUCUCAACAAGUAGGGAUAUCUAGAACUUAAGGGAUAUCUAGAUACCUAGUUUCUAGUAGAACGAUAUCUGGAACUAGAUACCAACUGGUAGGGAUAUCUAGAACUUAAGGUAUACCUAGAUACCUAGUUCCUAGUAGAAUUAGAUAUCUAGAACUAGAUAACAACUGGUAGGGAUAUCUAGAAAUUGAAGGAUAUUUAGAUCCAGAUACUUGGUUUCUAGUAGAAUUAGAUAUCUGGAACUAGAUACCAACUGGUAGGGAUAUCUAGAACUGAAGGGAUAUUUAGAUACUAGAUACCUAGUUUCUAGUAGAAUUAGAUAUCUGGAACUAGAUACCAACUGAUAGGGGUAUCUAGAACUUAACUGGAGGCCCAUUGGGUUGAAGAAGCUGGAAGGUCCUUAAUCUAGACCAGGGUGUCUCGAAAACCUGGCAAUUUUAGAACUUGUGGACCACAACUCCCAGAGUUCCCUAGCCAGCUGGUUGAGGAAUUCUGGGAGUUGAAGUCCACAAGUCUUAAAACUUGUCCAGUAUGGAGACCCCUGGUCUAGAAGAGCAAGGUUCAUGAAAGAUGAAAAUAAUCCAUAUAUACUAUCUCGUUAUGAUCACCAACUUGUUUUUUUUGGGUUUUUUUUUUUAAAAAAUCCUCUCCUGCAGAUACCUCUGAGGAAAAAGGGGGGAAAGCCCUUCUUUUUUUUCCCACAGGAUCCAGGCCCAGACAUGGCCCAUUGCAAACAUGGACACAGAUCCCGGGAAAAAUAAUAAUAAUAAUUGAAUGUCCAGAAGGAACGUCUUAAAUCCCAGAUUUCAAGGGGCCGUUUUCCCAUGCUAGUCUUAAGAGAAUUCUCCUCCCUUUUCUUUGCACAGAAGCUGGUAACUCUAGGACCCGUGUGUGAAUAAAUCUUUUUAUUUUAUGGUUUCCAUUUUUAUUUUUUAUUUUUUUUUGGUUUACUUGGGUUGGUGUGAGACCUUGUAUUUAAAUCCUCGGAACACUGUGGAAAUCCUGAUGGUGUAUGAAUGACAGCAGCUUUGUAAAUUAAAAUGUUUGUGUGAAUAAAGCUAGUGGGUGGGAUUGAAAAGCCCUUCCCAGUUUUGAAACGAA